UCUCGUUUUUAGUCUACAGCGGAGACUUCAGAGCAGCGGACGUGAGAGAUCAGACCCGAGAUUUUGAAAUCGGAGAUCGUGAACUGUGGCCAGUGCUUCGCGUCGGUAAAUCAGAACAAAGACCAGGAAGCUCUUGGCCAAUUUGAACCGAAAAGUGAAUUGGACCACUCAUUCGAAGAGUCUUAAAACGAAAUCCAAGCGGGGAACUGUGAAUAAUGGUGGCUACUCCACCACAACUUUCCUAAACUAUCAAAAAACGAUAAUAAACUGAUAAAAAAAUCAGAAAAAAUCAAGAGAUUCUCAUAAAUACGACGGCAAUGUGGAGCUGUUAAGCCUGCAAUCCUGGCCAACAUGGUGAAGAUCGUCGACGGUCUGCCGCCCAGCGAGAUCAGCGCCCACAGUGCCGGCCACAGCCUCCACCACCAUCACCCACUGUCCUUGACACUGCCACCCGCCGCCCACCAGCCUCCCUCCAGCCAUCCAAUCGGCCUGAACCUCACCAAUCUAAUGAAGAUGGCCAGGACGCCGCAUCUCAAGUCCAGCUUCUCCAUUAACGCAAUCCUGCCGGAGACCCUGGAGCACAGGGACGAAGGGGAGGACGAGGAGCGAAACCCCCCCACCAAAUUCCCCCCCAGCCACAGCAUCAACAACAACAACAACAAUCCCAUUACGCCCCCAUGGGGCAGCGAGGACCAGGAAGCGGAGAGCGACCCGGAAUCGGACCUGGACGUCACUUCGAUGUCCCCAGCGCCCGCCGUCAAUCCCAACGAGAGUGAUGCCGAGGAAGUGGACGAGGAGGAUAUCGAGGAGGACAUCGAGUGCGAUGGAGACGGGGAUGUAGAAGCGGAAGGGGACGGAGAGACCACCGACGGGGACGCGGAGAACAAAUCCAGCGAUGGGAAGCCCAUAAAGGACAAGAAGGGCAACGAGAAGCCACCGUACAGCUACAACGCCUUGAUCAUGAUGGCCAUCCGGCAGAGCGCGGAGAAGCGCCUGACCCUGAACGGCAUAUACGAGUACAUCAUGACCAAUCACCCGUACUACCGGGACAACAAGCAGGGCUGGCAGAACUCCAUCCGGCACAACCUCAGCCUGAACAAGUGCUUCGUGAAGGUUCCGCGCCACUACGACGAUCCGGGCAAGGGCAACUACUGGAUGCUGGAUCCCUCGGCGGAGGAUGUCUUCAUCGGAGGCUCCACGGGCAAGCUGAGAAGAAGGACGACAGCCGCCUCCAGGUCGCGGCUGGCGGCCUUCAAACGCUCCCUGAUAGGGCCCAUGUUCCCGGGCCUGGCGGCCUACCCGCAGUUCGGCCAGUUCCUGACCUAUCCUCCCACGGCGCCCAGCCUGCUUGCCAGCAUGUACCAGCGAUACAACCCCUUCGCCCCCAAGAGCGGCCCUGGACACCCAGGACUGCCGGGCCUGCCUCCGCCGCCACCUCAGGUCCCUCCAGGACCUCCCCCCUUCGUUGCUCCGCCCACCAGCGAGCUCUACCAGCGCCUGCAGUACCAGCAACUCCUGCAUCAGCAUGCGGCCGCGGCGGCACUGGCGGCUCACCAGCGGCAGCUUUCGGUGGUGGCGGCUUCCUCGGGAGCGCCCCAUCCGCCGCCCCAUCCUGCAGCUCCUCACCUUGCCGCCACCCACCUGGGACAGCCGCCCACCUCACCUGUCCACCUCCACGGGGGCGGAGGCGGCAACGGAGCGGACUCACCGGGUCCGUCGCCCCAGGCCCUCAUCAAACCCGUCACAGUUGUCUCUCGCAACAGCUGAAGCCCUCCGGCCGCCAGAUCUCGACUGUGGCUGGGCCAGGGUGGACUCUGUAGCUUGUAGCCAGUGUGCACUGUACAUAGUUAUAGCC